AUGGGUAUGUCAAGUGGGCCUUUUCAGAUGGUGGUGAAGGUCAUGGCAGCAUCUGAUGAAUCCCUCCGGACAACGGGGGCAUCACAUAGUUCCCCUCAGAGAGGAGCAGGGGAUGUGGAGGGCGAGAACUGGUCUCUGCAGGAGUGGAAGGAAAUGUCUGUGCCGAGCAGAUUCCCUCCAUGGGGCGAAGGGGACAGGGGAAGCUUCAGCUGGUUCCCUCAAGGAUUAACUGCUCUCCUUGAAAAGCUAUACACAAACAAUGACCUGAACUGUGGCCCAGAACAGCUAACCCAGAUGCUCAACGAUUACAUAGAAGGGAUAAUGGCGUAUGUGCUUUGUUUCAGAGGCGAUAUCUUGAACUUCAUAGGGGAUGCGUUGCUGGUGCUCUGGAAGGUAGAACGAAGCCAGCUCAGUGACAUCAUUACCCUAGCAGCAAAAUGCAGCGUGGAGAUGCAGGAGCAGUUUGGGUUUAGCUACACGGAAGUGGGCCUAGAGCUCCGACUGAAGAUCGGGCUGUCUGCAGGCCAUGUGUCUCAGCUCAUUGUCGGUGAUGAGAUGCGUCAGUAUUUGCUGGUGACUGGCCAGCAAGUGGACAAUGUGAGGCUGGCACAAAGUCUGGCACAAGCUCAUGAAGUGAUUCUAUCACCGAACUGCUGGGAGCUCUGUGACCAGGAUGUGUUAGAAGCGGAAAUGCUUAAAGGCCAAAAAGCCAUGAAGCUGCGAUACCUAAAGAUCUUCCAUCUACCUGAUUUUGAUGAACACUUUGAAAAGUGCAUAGACCAUCUACAGCAUUAUCCAAACGAUGAAGUCCUGCUGAGAAAGGCUGUGGCCCUGGCUUCCAGUCAUGAGCUCGAGCUGGCCUUGCAGAGGUUUGUCUUGGGAAAUGUUCUGAAGAAGAUCGACGACAAUCAGCCACUGGCGUUUGUAUCUGAACUUCGACUGGUAACUGUGGUCUCUGUCAAGCUGCAAUUUCACGAGAGCACAAAAGUGACAGAGCUGUGCAAAUUGGUCCAGGAUGCCACUGUGAGCAUCUCUGGUAUCAUGAAGGGCUGGAGAGGCAAAAUUAUCCAAAUCUCCACAUAUGGCAAAGUGAGUAAAGCAGGGCUUAGCUGUUCUGUGAGAUGCAACCCAGCAGGCGUAAGGAUCACUGUGGGAAUUAGGGAGAGGCAUAAUGAGGCCUUUGAAUCUGUGUUCGUACAGCGCCUAGCACAAUGGGCCGUGACUGGGGUUCCUUGGUGCUACCGUGAUACAAAUAAUAAUAAUGAUUUUCAACACAGGGUAAUAGCACUAGAGCUGUCCAAAGUAGAUAUCCAGGAGUCCUUCUAUGCUAUCUGGUCACUUAAGGCCAUAGUCUUUGGGAUCCAUGCUUGUAGACCUUAUAAGAGACAAGACAUCCUCCAAAGCAAGCUCACUGGGCUGUGGGAUGAGAUCUUUUACUGCCUCCUCCAUAACCAGUUCCUUGUGAAGGUAAUGGGGAAAGCACCUGCUCUCUGGGAGAAGAGCCACAUGCUAUGUCUCUUGCUAACUAUCCUGGUGGAAGAGGAAAUGCUUUUCCUUAGAGUCCUGUGGAAGGCAGCGGAAGAAGCGACACUGAUUUUCAUCAUCGAUGAAGCCCAGUACAUCGAUGCUGCCUCCUGGGAUUUUUUGGCAAAACUUCUCUCGAGUGUCCCCGUCUUUAUAGUCCUGUCAUUGUCUCCCUUUGCCUCCAAAGAGCUGCUCCCUUGUGCUUCUGCCCAAGGCAUCACGAAGAGCCCCAAGACCGCUGGUGUUGUCCUCCAGGAGCUGGAGCCUUCCAAACUCUUGGAGAUGGCCCGUUAGGCCCUUGGAGUGGUUAGCAUUCCCAGAGAGAUGGAAAUAUUCCUCAUACAAAGAAGCUCUGGGGUCCCAUUGUACUGUGAAGCUUUACUGACGGACCCCCAUGCUAAUGAGGUUCUUGAGUUUUAUCACAUCCCAGAGGAGGAGAAGGAAGAGGAUGAGUGGGAUAACCUGUCUACCAGUGCCGUCAAAUCGAUACCCUACAGGGCGUCUCUAGUCUCCUCCAAGGAAAACAAAGAGCUUUACAUUUGUACCAUCAGGAAGGAUGUGGACCUGGACACCAUUCUACUCCCGGUGAGGCUGAAAGAGAUUGCUGUGGCCCAGUUGGACUGCUUGAGCCCCUCUGAGCAGAUGGCAGUUAAAUGUGCAGGUCACACGUUUACUCCAGAGCUGCUGCUGUACAUCCUCCCGGAGUGGACAAACAAGAAGAUGGAGGAGACACUCAUGAGCCUGAUCAAUUCCCAGGUGUUUGAGUGUUUUGGAAAAGAAGCCAGGGCUACGCAGGCAGUAGGUUCCCGCCAUUUACACACACAUCUGGACCCCUGGAUGAUGCAAACCCUGGGGCCAGAGGAGUCUGAAGAUGUCAGGCCCGCUGCUCCUAGCUUCAGCCUGCAAGAGGAGCUGGGGAUGUUGCAGCAGGAUCAAGCAAUGCGGUUCUGCACUCCCCUGCUGCGAGAAGGGGCCUAUGAGCUGUGGCUGGGGGAUCAGAAGAAGGCUCUGCACCUCAAAUGUGCCACCUUCCUGGAGCACAAUGCUCACAAAUGCAGAAGCUGUGGUGGAAGUGAUUUCAUUUCCUUCCAACGCUAUGCCCUGGACACCGAGAUGAGCAAUAUAGACUCUUUGCUGGGACAGGGCAGUAAGACCGAGGGCACGGUCUUUCUGGUGCUUUCUGAAGAAACUAGGAAGAGGCUUCAGACAAGCUUAGCAUAAGGUAAACUGAAUUUUGUCUCAUCUGUUUCAGAUGCAGCAGAGAGGACCGAUGCCCCUCUGGGGCAGGAACUCGCCAUAGAAACUCCCAUGGCCUCAUGUGAAGAUAAUUUACAGUGCAGGGCAAAAUCAGCCAUGAAUAAACAGGUGUUGCCAGACGAUCAUCUCCUAGUUGAACAGGAGUUCCUGGACAGAGUGGACAAGAUGAUUAAGUGCCAUAAACGUGGCAAAGAGGAAACCACAAACCUGGCACCCUGUGAAUGUGGAGAGAGAGUGGAGUGGGUGGUCUCUGCCCUAGCCCGACAUUGCCUGAUGGUGAAAGACAGAACCAGGGCUUUUUAUUAUCUGCUGGAGUCUGCAGCUGCUUCCUUAAAUUUAUCCAACAAUUAUAUGGCAUAUGUGUAUUUGAAGAAAGCAAGUGGCCUACAGGAAUUGUCAGCGUUGGCAGUGUUCCCUUGUCUGAAGAGACCUAAACUGAAGAUCAACCAGUUUGAGGAAGCCGCUUUCUGUAGCCUCAGGGGAGAGGUCUGCUUCAACAUGGGCCAAAUCGCACUGGCCAAGAAACUGAUCAAGAGGACCCUCUGCUUACUGCACGAGGGAUUUCCCCGUACCUGGCUCGGCGCCUUCUUCCAGUCGUUCCUCGAAGAAUCCAAACACUCUGCGUACACUCAGCAGCGUCAGGCCCAACACACAGAUAGGAAGGCAUUAGCUGUCCUGCAGCAGCAAAUCCACUGCCUCUCCUUGCUCUGGCAGCUCUACAGUCUGGACUCUACCGCCAACAGGAAGUACUCCCAGCUGGCAGCCCUGAUGGAAAUAAAUUUGGCAGAUGCGUCUGAGAACAAGAUGCAGCUGUGUAUCAUUUUGACAUAUAUGGAUUUUUCACGGUUCUCCCAAAGUAUGGGCUAUAAAGACGAGUGGCUAAAAUAUGAGAUGAUGGCUAUCCAGAGAAGUUCCCAAUGCAACUUCACGUUCACCAGGGAGAGGUUGCUAAUGACAGUUCAAUUAGCUCAGGCACUGGCCUAUAGCAAGCUCUGCUUGGGUCAUCUGACCCGAUCCAUCCAGUUGGGCUUUCAAGCUCAUACAAUGUGUGUGCGGCUCCGGAAAACCAGCCUCCAGUGCCUGGUUCUUUCGGUUCUCUUCAAAUCGGUGUUCCUGAAGAACAAGUACGCCCAAUGCAUCAGAGUCUUAGAGUGGCCGUGGGAACUCGCUACUCAAGAGGAGAGCGUCAUUGUCUUGGCAUGUUUCUAUGCAGCCUGUUUAGACCUGCUGCUUUGUGAUGCAGGGUUUGAUUACAGGCCCAUUGACGAGUGCCUGCAGUUCAUAAACCAAUACAAAGCCAGCUGCAUCCUUAAGUCUCAGAGCAACAUGCUGAGUCUAUUUUCCUCUUUGGCAAUCUGGUUCGGCAGAUUCCAGCAGUGGGAUCUGUUCGAGGACAGUUUCACAAAGGCCCAACGGCUGGUGAGCAGAACGAACGCAUCUCUUUUUGACACUCACGGCUUUUUUAGAUUCCUGGAAUGCCAGGGACUGUUGCUACGGAGAGUCAUGGAAGACACGCCCGAGACGGUCCGGGAGACUCGCAGCUCAAUGCUCGGGUAUUUUGGGGAAUUCCUUUCUCGCUGCUCGACGAGUCCGGUCUACCACACGAGGGUUUACAGCCUGAAAGCCUCUGUUAACCUCCUGGGAGAUGAAGAUAAGAGCCAGGUCCCUUUGUCGAAGGGUCUCAAACUUUCGGCCACUUCCCAGACCAGGCUGGAGGAAACAUCUCUCAGUGUGAGCCUUGACCGUGUCCAGAACAAGGUAAGCUGCUCCAGAAGAGUCAAAGAGCUGAAGGACAGCAAAGAUCAGGAUGAAGAGGGCACACGAGAAUACAUGAAAUCUGCCACAUCGAGGCUGAAAUCCAAACCCAUGCUGAAGGAAUUGACCUUUGUUCAUCUCCAGCCGGGGCAAGCUCCUGCGUCCCCCCAUGCGCUGCCCGCUGGUGAGCCUAUGGAAUACCUCAGCACUGCACCCGGAAUCUUGCCCUCAACAUCCAGAAAACCCCAGGGUGACGGUGACAAAGCCUGAGGGGGCAGGAGAGACUGUCGGAGCUGGGACAUUGCUGGGUAGGGUGGAGGGUUUGCUGGAAUCUGGAGCAUGUACAUUGAAAACCUGCCUCGUCGUGGCUCAGAGGCCAGCUGAGAAUUUGAGGAGGGACACUAGAAAAAUGGGGGAAAAGUGACAUAAAGGGGUUCUUUUCUUUUAGUCUGUGUAGUUCAGUGGUGUUUGUGCGACCCCGGAAUGAUUGGGGAUAACUCUGUACUCAAGGGGUCUGAUGACACUGCAGUCAAACACCCGGGACUGGCUCGUGUUAACUGACUCGGGCUUGCAGGGCUCUGGCUGCGAGGCUAUCAAAUUGCAAUGCGGCUAUUCGGGCUAGAGCCCAGGCUCUGAGGGGUCUCAGAACCAGCUGCAGGUGUUUCACUGUAGUGUAGACAUACCCUAGGAUAACCUGGGAGCGGGGCAAGGUUCUGUGACAGACCUACUGAGACCCCACUUCCAGCAGCUAUAUCUCCCAAUAGGGGUAUUGAAAACUGGCACCUGAACCCUUGGGCAGUGAAUAACAACAGUCCUGCUAUGGAAUCUGUUCCACUGUUCUUCCCGGAACUCAUUCCUCCUGCUAAUGCACUGGGAAUUGCUGCAAAUAAUCUUCCCCAACAUAAUCCUUCUCCUGCAGGGA